AUGGUGGACACAAACCGAGAUAAUAACAAUGCCGUCGCUGGCAAAGGCAUACUGAAACGGCGAAUUUUCGUCCGGAACGAUAGGUCACCCCUACAGUCAACCUCGGUGGUGGCCAAACCACUUCAGGACGGUGGCUGCUGUCUGGCGGACUCUUGCAAACGGUGCGUAACGUUCGACGAAACGAUCACGAUCAAGAACGACAAGGACUUAGUGGUCAAGAAGCCGCUAAAGCUGGAACUAGUCAUCGACAACUGGAAGUCGAAUGGAACGAAAACUCCACCCGAAACGAUUCAGCCCGAUCCCGGAAUCGUCAGACGUCUAGUUGACGAGUUCAACACUAUUGAAGAAAAAGCCAUAGCAACAAAGUUAACUGACGGAAAAUCGUCUUUACACGGUCGUUCGCAAAGUUCCAGCAGGGUAACCGAUCUUAUAAAUAUGUUCAAUUCGAAAUCGACCAACGGUAAAACUGAAGAGGUCGAAAUGAAAUUCAUCGAUUUUUGA